AUGAUAACAGUUAUGGAUGAUUUGGAUAUGCAUGACAUCGAAAACAAUCAUCUUGAUGAAGAAAAUCAUCAGUUCGGUUAUACUGAUUCAGAGUUUCUUCAUAACGAGGAAAAUCAAUCGGAAACCCAAGAUAUGAAUGACAUCGGAAAUGAUCAUUACGAUGAAGAAAAUCAUCAAUUCAGAUCUGGUGAUUCAGAGAUUCUGGAUAAUGAUGGAAAUCAAUUGGAAAUCCAAGUUCAAAGUGACAUUGUUGCAGCACAAUAUGGCUCUUGCAAACAAUUCAUUGGAGCUCAUGGUUCUUUAUUUUGGAUUCCAGAGGUUGAACCUGGUUGGAUACCUACUUUGGGUUCAAUUUUUAAAGAUAUCAAAGAUGCUAUUAAGUGGUAUAAAGGAUAUGCAUUAAGAUCUGGUUUUGAUAUUAGAAAAUCAACAGAGAGGAAAAAGAGUGGAAUCACAACUUCGAAAUAUUUUAUAUGCAAUAGAGGGGGAUUUCCAAACACUUCUACCUUAGACACAAUUAGUGAUGAUCAUAAUAAGCAAUUGAGAAAUAGUAAUUGUAAACGCACAAAUUGCAAAGCUUUUGUUGCAUUCAAAGUUAUACCACAUUCUUCAGAAGUUUACCUGUGGCGCUUUGAACAACAACACAACCACAAAUUGAUCAAUCAAGAUUGUAUGCAUCUUUCAAGAGCUAAACGUUAG